UCCAUCGUACAAUUUCAUUCCUGCCGACAUUUAUUUAUUUAUUGUAUCUUUUGUGCAUUUAAUUGUAUGCUUAUUUAUUUUUUUAGCAUUUAUUUAUUUUAUGUAUUAUUUUUUUUAUCUGUCAGAAUUGGUCCUCCAUAGUAGAUGGAGAAUACUCGGUGUUCUAGCCUCAAACGACACCGCGUAAAUAAGGUGCUGGAUGGUCUGUCGUUUUCAACGUAGAGGCUGGCUUGAACGCAGUUUCCGUAACAGCGGCAGUAGCCUCCUCUCAAGUCUGCAGUGAACUGCGUGACAUAGCGAGACUAAAAAAAGUCGCAGCGUCAGUGCGCUGCAGUCCUGAACACGCCCUGCAGCAUCCUGCAGAGUAAUUUCAAGGCUCUAACACCAACUCUUUCACAGGAUCAAGAAAAGACAGAGGACACUCAACACAGCCGAGAAUGGCUAACAAUGACAAAGGUUCAGUGCCAGCAGCACCAACCCUCUCUGCACGCCAGCUGCAGUCCCACCUCAAGAUGGAGCCCAAGACAUUGGGGGCAAUCCAAAUAGUUAUUGGAGCUUUGAUCCUUUGUCUUAGUGCCUCAGUUCUUCAGCUCCAUGAAGUCCACUUUACUGGGGAUGUGGCUCUGUUCCUGAUUGUUGUCAUACAGGUGACAUUGUCUGGCUCAGUACUGGUCCACAGUGGCAGAAGACCUACAAUGUUUUGGGUGAAAUGUAUCCUGAUUCUGCAUUUGGUCAGUGCUGCAUUUGCUACUGCUGCCCUGGGUCUUAUGUCCAAACAUCUACCCUACCGCCAAGAUUCUUACCACUGUGAACACUGCCGAAGACUAGAGCAACAUGCUGUGCAACAUUGUUUCAGAAAAUGCACCGGGCUGAUCGAGCAAAGGUGUAAACUACUGAUUGAUGGAAUUUUGGGAACACUGGUGAUCUUCCUAGUACUUGAGCUGUUGAUCUGCAUCACUGCUAUGCUGUUUGGACUAAGUGUUCUAGCUGCUGGAGGAAGCCAGGAUACCAGUCAUAGGCCUGCCUACCCACAGACCCGCCCCCCGCCUGCUCCAGCAGUUCAGGCUGCUCAGGCUUCUCAAGCUGCAGUUGAGCCUUCUCAGGUGGCCGUAGUUGUGACAGAACCAGACUCAAAGCAAAUAGAGGACAUUUCCACGCCACCGACUGAACCUCAGGUGGAGCCCAUAGAAGAAGUUGUUACAGAAUCCUGAACUCGGCUUUCGCUGCUCUCUGUGCUUUCAUGUUGUUCUCAGAGAGAGUAAAACAUUUGAUUGUCAAUGAUGAAAAUUUGUUCUUUCUGGUCUUCAGGAAGUUUUUAUGACUAGGUCAACAAAACUAUUGAUGGUUGCAUUCCAAGAAACAAACCACUUCAGGUGGUCCCAACAACGUUUGCACCCUAAUUUAUUCCCCUAAAGUUACCACUAUAGUGUAUUGUACUACAGGUUUACUCCUUGCAAACUGAGGAAAUGUAAACGGUAUUAUUAAAUUCCAUUCAGUUUAUUAAAUAAAGUUAAACUUGGGAAGCAGAUGUAACUGUAGCUUCAACUUAAAGCUGAGUCUAUGAGGUAGAUCAACUCUCUACAGUAGUACAGGAUAUAUUCUCUGCAUAGCUGUGUCUACUCUGUAAUUCUGUCUUGAUAUUUUGUUUAGUUGUCAGCUAAAAUAUGUUUUUACAUAGUGCUUUUCUUGUCUCGGUUAGCUAAAGUGCUUUUCACUAGAAGAAAUAUUCACUUGGAAACUGUACAGAUGAGGAAGUACUAACAGAUAUUAACAUACACUCACUAAUCAGCAAACAUUAAGUAAUCAAACCAUUUAUCUUCUGAUUGGCCGACAGCUGGUGUAAAUCCCUAAUCUUUAAGUCUAACUGCACUUGUAGUUAUUACACAGAAUGUGAGAACUGUGGAGCUAAAUUGGGGCCAUAAAGUUUGUUCAAACGGAAAAAAUUUUAACCUGAAAAAUACGUUUAUUCUUUGAACGUGAAAAAUAAGUUUGUUCUAACGAAAAAAAUUUGACCCUGAAAAAUAAGUUUGUUCAAAAGAAAAAAAUUUGAAUCUGAAAAAUUUUGAACCUCCCCCAAAAAAUUUGAAAACUGGAAAA